CUUUGGCUUCAUAACAAUCAGAGCUCAGUUUACUUGAGCUUUAUGGUUCACAGGUUUAAAAUCAAUUUGUCUGAUAGGUAAUUUGUUAACUGCGGAUUUUUGGUCUGGAGUAUUUUCUGGAUUCAUUUUCUUUUGCUUUUGUGUUUCUUUUCUUAGAGCUGGCUACCAUUUAUGAAAAAGUAUUUUUGUCUGUUUCACGGACAUUAUUAGUGAUAUUUUUGUCCCGAGUUAGUGCAUUGACGUGAUUUUUAUACAGCUGGAAACCAUGAAUUCCUUGGUUAUUAAUGCAGCAGGAGAGGGCAAUAGUGCAAGCUUUGACCUGAUCCAAAACCGCAUUGAAUCUUUGAGCAGCAAGAUGGACAAGCUCAUCCACAUUCAAGAGAAGGUCCUCAACCGAUUAGAUGGGAUGUCUCAGGAUAUUGACGUCAUUGAACAGGAUAUGGAGAAUUUGAAGGUUGACAAGGAGGAAAUCCAUCUCCCACCCAAGGUGAUGAACCAGACUCAGGUGAUGGGGCGAGAGGUGAGAGAGAUCUGUCAGGAGAUGAGCACCAUAAUGUCGGUGGUGAACCAGCGGUCUGAGCAGCAGGCUCUGAAGUUGGAGGGGAUGGAAAAACUGGUCCUCAGCAUGCAGCAAGUUAUCAGCUUCGUUGGGGAUAUGGUGAAAAGUUCGAAAGUAAUGGAAAUGAUGUUUAAAGGCCCGGCUGCUCGGAAGAGCUCCAAACACAAAGACAGUAAAGGAAAAAAAGCUAUUAAGAGGAAAUCAUCUGCAGAUGCAUUAAUUAAGAAGCUUGACAAGUUGAAAGAAAAAGAUGGGACAGACAAGGCCAGUUUAAGUCAGAGGAGUCUGAAAGCUCAAAAGAAGAUGAAGCCUCCGGAUGCAGCAGAUAUCUCCCUGAAGAAGCAGGCUCUCCUCCUCGAAGAGGUCCAGAAACUCAACAAAGAGAAUACAGAGAAGUUAGGCCACCAGCUCAUACCUCUGGAUCUUGAAGCUGGAGUGUCCCCCAAAGAUCAACAACCUGAUUCCCCUGCUUGCAACCUGGUGGACUACCUGCGUGAAGACACCCAAGUUGCUGUGGCUGAGAAGCACAAGGGUGAAGACUCAGAUAGUGAGCACAAAGUUGUUGACGAGGAGCCUGAGGACAAAACAACAGUACCAGAGAAGGAAACUAAGCCUGAUGUGGAGGAAUUAAAGCAACAGAAAGAAGAAGAAAAGCUCAAAGUUCCAGAGGAAACACAAGAAGAGAGUGUUUCUGCUGCAGAAGUCUCAGAAGCCCCUCUUUCCCUUGAAGAUGAAAAUGAAGGGAUUUCUCCCAGUGACAUCCACAAAGAUUCCACACCAGAGAUUGAGCUGGACCAGAUCAAUGUGAGCCAGGGGGACCUCGUAGUGGAGGAAAACACAAAGGGCCUUGUUGUGGAGAAUGAAGAGGAGAAAAAUGAUGAUGACAAGGAGGAUGAGGAGAACCUUGAUUCUGAAGGCUGGGCUGUUUUUAAGGCCGAUGGAGUUGAAUUCCAGUUGGACCUUAAAUAUAGGGUGGAGAGGGAAAGAAAGGAAAACAAUGUAGAAAAUGACACUGAAGAAACAAAUGAUGAUGAUGAUGUUGAGCGGUUCUAUAUCGACACCACACCCCCUCCAAUUGCUCCUUUUAACCACCGCAUCGUGUCAGCCAAGCCCAACCAGAUCAGGAACUUCUACACCAUCAACUGGCAGGAGGUCUUGGGUGGGGGUCGCUUUGGUCAGGUACACAAAUGUGUUGAGAACUCCUCGGGUCUCACUUUGGCAGCAAAAGUCAUCAAAGCCAGGAGUCAGAAAGAGAAGGAGGUGGUGAAGAAUGAGAUCCAGGUCAUGAAUAAUCUGGACCAUGCCAGCCUGAUCCAGCUCUAUGCAGCUUAUGAGUCAAGGAAUGACAUCAUCCUUGUACUUGAAUAUGUUGGUGGAGGGGAGCUGUUUGACAGGAUUAUUGAUGAAAACUACACUUUAAUGGAGCUGGAUGCUGUGGUGUUUAUCAGGCAGAUCUGUGAGGGCUUGCAGCACAUGCACAAAAUGUCCAUCCUGCAUCUUGACUUAAAGCCAGAAAACAUUCUGUGUGUGAACAGAGUCACCAACAAGAUAAAGAUCAUUGACUUUGGUCUUGCCAGAGUAUAUAAACCCAGAGAGAAACUGCGAGUAAAUUUUGGCACUCCAGAGUUUCUUGCUCCAGAGGUCAUCAAUUAUGACUUUGUGUCAUUUAACACAGACAUGUGGAGUCUUGGUGUCAUCACCUACAUGCUUCUGAGUGGUUUAUGCCCCUUCCUCGGUGAUGAUGAUAACCAAACUCUAAACAACAUCUUGGCCUGUCAGUGGAACUUUGAUGAACCUGAAUUUGUGGAUACCUCAGAAGAAGCCAAAGACUUUAUCAGAAGACUCCUCAUUUUAAAUAAAAGCUGGAGGAUGGGAGCAAGCGAAUCAUUAAGGCAUCCUUGGCUUGCUGACCCUGUUCUUCAUCACCGCCUCUAUACAAAGAAAACAAUGUGCAGAUCACGGCGAUCAUCGUGUGUUCCACCCACUGAUGGUUAAGAGCACCACAUUGAUGGGAUUUCUCCAGCUGUGGUUUCUUGGACCAACCCCUCUGUCAUGAAAAUCACCUAAAGUCCAGUCCAUGCACCUGAGACAUGGACUGAAAUUCUGGCCUUGUUAAACUUCUCUUGACAUGUAAUCCACCUUCUUGUCUUAAUAUGACAUAAUAAGCCAAGAAACCAGGUUUAGUUGAUCAGAAUUUAAUAUUAUAAUUGUGCAUCAUGCUGUAUUUAGCAAAACAUCUUUUUUUAAAGGAUGUAACAAUUAUGCCUAAAAAAAACAAACAAGGACUAAUUAAGACUAUAUUUGUUAAUUAAUUCAGUAAAAUUGCCAUUUAGGUUGUAUAAAUUUGUUAAUGUUCAGUAAGCCUAAUAUUUAAAUGGUCAGGACAAUGAUUUUGUGGUAAUUUGUACUGCAGUAGUUUGCUAGUUUCUAUCAUGUGGUAUUUGUUUAUUCAAAAAUGGUGCUAAAAGUAUGUGAGAAAGCUUUGACAGACAUAUACUUGAGACCGAUUGUGUGCGCCACCUUUGCACUGGGUGUUAAAAAAAAGCACAACUCUACUUUAUACUUUAUUUUUAAAACAUGAUUUCAAAUCAAAAACUCUUUUUUCUUUUGUUUCAUGCUAGUAGAGUUUUGUCUCUGUUGUAUGAAGGUUACAGAACAAUUCACAUUAUGUCAGUUCAUUUCUCUGCACAACAUUUUUUCCCUUCUCAGUUAUUAAUAUUCCUUUUGAGCUGUACAUAGGCUAUAGGCUAAUUUAAAUUAAGACAGGGCUGGGUACAUAAAACUACUGGAUGCGUACAGCGUGUGUGGACAGAAUAGAAUUUGUGUAGUUUGCACACUUUAUAAUCUUAUUUAUUUAAACACCAAUAACAAACCAACUAACUGUGAUGGACAGACUUAUGGCUGCUUUUUCAUGUCUGCUGCACCUGUUUAUAAAGAAAAUACAUUUUACCUGUAGAAACGCACUUCAGCAACACAGUUUAUGUCUUAUCAGAAAAGUAUGUUAUUGUAUUCGCUGCAUGACUUUCAUGUUUGAAGAGCCACUGAAGCUUAAACACAACCCACAUAGUUAAUAUUUUAUAGAUUUUUUUAAAAACUGCUCUGUAUGAUACUACUUGUGUCUUUUUGGCUGAAUAUGGAAAACUGUAGAUGCUUCUUCCGCAUAGCAAAGUUAUCUCUGAAAUGCCUUCUGUGAAGGCUCACUGAUUGAAUAUAUUGCAAUACCAACCUGUUGUUGCUAAAGUUAUUGGAGCUACAUUUACGUAGUCUAGUUUACCUUGAGGAUGAAUGUUAAGUCGAUUGUUGGGACAAUGAGUGCUAGGACAAUUGCCUUCACUGAGUGUUUAAAAUAAUCAGCAUGUGAAUUGUAAUUGUGAAGUGUGA